GUAUCACAACACUCAGACCCCUCGUAGCAGCAACUACCUCACCUCACGAGACCAUCAUGAAGCUGGAACUGGUCGCCCUGUGCCUGACGGUGGGCUCCGCCCUGGCCCUGCAGAUCCCCCAGUACCGAGCGCAGCAGCCCUACCAGCAGUACCUCCAGAACCAGCAGUUCCAGAACUACCAGCAGCGGGCGGCCGCCGCGCCCAUCCUCCAGUACUCCAACGACGUCAACCCCGACGGCUCUUUCCAGUACAGCUACCAGACGGGCGACGGCAUCAGCGCGCAGGCGGCGGGCUUCACCAGGAACCUGGGCAUCAAGGACGCCGAGGCGCAGGUGGUGCAGGGCUCGUACUCGUACACGGGGCCCGACGGCGUCGUCUACACCGUCAACUACAUUGCCGACGAGAACGGGUACCGGGCCCAGGGCGCGCACCUGCCCACGCCUCCCGCGGUCGCCGCCGUGCCCAAGGCCCUCCCGUACUACAACCAACAGCAGGCGACGUACCAGCAGCAGCAGGCGGCCUACCAGCGGCCGCUGCAGCAGCCCUACCAGUACCGGCCCUUCCAGCGGCGCUACUAGCGCGUGCCGCAACUGGGGCGCCCCGUGCCCCGCCCGCGGGCCCGCCCGGGGCACUCUGACGCCACGCUCCGCCACGCCGCUGCAGCCACACUUCCGAUCCGACUGAUUUGACGCGCCAUUUCACUAUGGGCCGGCCUCUGAUCGCUCGGGUGGGAGGCGAGAGGAGAGGCGCUUCCUGGAGGAGGCAACGACGGCGGCCCCUGUCCUGUUGGCCUGCACUGCCGUCCGCGGCGCCGUACGGCACAGCGAAAUUUGGCUUGUUAUUUGAUCGCGGAAAAAAAUUGAGCUGCUCUUUUUUUUUAGGUUUGCUUUGAUUCAAGUUGUUGCUUUCGCUGGGUCUGAUGUGAUGUGCUUUCUACGACCUUUCUUCUCUUUUUUUUUGAUAAUUUUUUUUGUGAAUAAAAAAGAAAUGAGGGAUGCUCUUUGA